AGAAAAUCGAUAAAUUGACCAAUCAACAUCAGCAGUUUACGUCACUGCGCAUUAUACCAACAAACUGCCGAAGAAAAUGGGAAAUUCUGAUACCAAAUUAAAUUUUAGAAAAGCUGUAAUUCAACUAACAACAAAAACACAGCCUAUUGAAGCUAGUGAUGAAGCAUUUUGGGAGCAGUUUUGGUCAGAGAGCGUCACAUGUGUGCAGGAUGUGUUUACAUUAAUACCGGCUGCAGAAAUACGAGCCUUACGUGAAGAGUCGCCAUCAAAUUUAGCAACGUUAUGUUACAAAGCAGUGGAGAAAUUAGUGGCAGCUUCAGAAAGUGGAUGUCCAUCUCAGAGAGAACAGCAAAUAGUGUUGAACUGUGUAAGAUUGUUGACGAGGGUGUUGCCAUAUAUAUUUGAAGAUCCUGAUUGGAGGGGAUUCUUUUGGUCAACAUUGCCUGGCCAGGUGGAAGAUGCAGAGAAUGACAGUCCACCUCUGGCUCAGACAUUGCUGAAUGCACUUUGUGAUCUGCUGUUUUGUCCCGAAUUCACAGUUGCAUCUGGAAGAAAGUCAGGCCCAGAUAACCCUGAGGACAUGACCUCUAUAGACAGUUGUGAAUAUAUAUGGGAAGCUGGUGUUGGCUUUGCCCACUCACCGCAACAUAAUGUUCACCAUGAUAAUAACAGGAGUGAAAUAAUCAAGCUGCUUCUGACAUGCUUCUCCGAGACAAUGUAUCUACCACCCAUUGCUGAUGCCCAUAGCACACCUAACCAGUGGAUACAUUUCUUUACUUCAACAGAAAAUAGGCAUGCCUUGCCACUAUUCACCUCAUUAAUUAAUGUGGUUUGUGCAUAUGACCCAGUUGGUUAUGGACUUCCAUACAAUCACCUGAUGUUCACUGAUUCUCGGGAAACACUGGUUGAAUCUGCCCUGCAGGUGCUCUGUGUUACCAUGGAGAACGACUCAUCCAGUCAGAAUGUAUCUGUAGAUGGUACAGCAGGGGGAACCGCAAUGGAACCGCAGAAUGAGGUACCAGCUCCUGCAGAAAACGCCACUUCUUCUGACAAUCUGUUUGUGAAUUAUCUGUCAAGGAUUCACAGGGAGGAGGAUUUCCAUUUCAUACUUAAAGGUAUAACAAGGCUAUUGAACAACCCAUUGAUGCAGACCUACUUACCAGGAUCUACAAAGAAAAUCCAGUUUCAUCAAGAGUUACUGGUCUUAUUUUGGAAAAUGUGUGAUAUCAACAAGAAAUUCAUGUUUUACGUGUUGAAGAGCAGUGAUGUACUGGAUAUAUUAGUACCAAUCCUGUAUUACCUGAAUGAUGCCAGGGCUGAUCAAUCCCGGGUUGGUUUGAUGCAUAUAGGAGUGUUUAUACUGUUGCUACUAAGUGGAGAGAGAAAUUUUGGAGUUAGAUUGAACAAACCGUAUACUGUGAGAGUUCCCAUGGAUAUACCUGUAUUUACAGGCACUCAUGCUGACUUCCUCAUUAUUGUAUUUCAUAAGAUUAUCACCACAGGCCAUCAGAGACUUCAGCCGUUGUUUGACUGCCUGUUGACCAUUAUAGUUAAUGUAUCUCCAUAUCUGAAGACCCUAUCCAUGGUUGCAAGCACCAAACUGUUGCAUCUUCUUGAGGCAUUUAGCACCCCUUGGUUCCUGUAUGCUAGUCCUACAAAUCACCAUCUUGUGUUUUUUCUACUGGAAGUAUUCAAUAAUAUUAUACAGUACCAGUUUGAUGGUAAUAGUAAUUUAGUGUACACCAUCAUACGCAAGCGGCAGGUAUUUCACCAACUAGCCAAUCUACCUACGGACCAUUCCUCCAUUUCCAAAGCCCUUACAAAACGUGGGAAGAAAUUGCACACGCCAUCCCCCACUGAUCACAAGGAGCCACAGACCAUGGAGGGUGCCCUGCCGGCAACCGAGGCAGAACCAGGAACCCUCAAGGUUUCUCUUGCUGCAACUCCUCUGCGUGUCCAGUCUGACUUAGCCGGUGACCCGGAUAUUUCCUUCCUAGACGGUGGGCCAUUUUUCAGAGUUGAUACCUUGCAAGUCACACCAGCUACUGUUCAUAAAACGAAAUCGAAAAAACGCUUAGAGAAAAUGACUGAGCAUGCAGCCCCAGAUGAAGUUCACAAAGAACCCAUGCAGGAGUUAGCUACAUCGACUGGUACGAUGAAUAUACAGCCCAAAAAUGAGAUAGAAGAUCCCAUGGCCCCUUCAGGCACUGAAAAGGAUGCUCAAGGGAAAAUGCAGAAGUCGAAAAGCAUGGAAACUCCACCUGCUACACCUACUACACCCAGUAGUGAAACUGCCAGGGCUCCAUUCAAGAGGGCUGGAUCAACAUCCAGUGCUGGAGGAGGCUGGGUUGCCACCCCUGAUUGGGUACAUUCCUGGAAACACAAGUUACCUUUACAGACAAUCAUGAGAAUGCUACAGGUGCUUGUUCCACAGGUGGAAAAGAUAUGUAUAGACAAGGGACUCACAGAUGAAAGUGAGAUAUUGAAAUUCCUUCAACAUGGGACUCUAGUAGGGCUUUUACCAGUGCCGCACCCUAUAUUGAUCAGGAAAUACCAGGCCAAUAGCGGAACUACCAUGUGGUUCAGGACAUACCUAUGGGGAGUUAUAUAUCUCAGAAAUGUUGAUCCGCCAAUCUGGUAUGAUACAAAUGUGAAACUGUUUGAGAUACAGAGGGUAUAGUGCAAUGACAUCUGUAACACAGAUAUGGUUCUUCUGAAAAGAAAAAUGUCUCGAAAAUCCAAUGACAGUUGCCAAGGAAUUAAAUGUCACAAUAUGGGGACUCUCUGCAUGUGAAAUGUUAUUUGAUAUGAACAGGAUUUUUCCAAGUUUAAUAGCUUUUAACUAUCACUAACAUUUUUUUUUCUUUCACUUAAAUCAAACUACAUAGGUUGAAAAGAAAUGGUUUUGUUGAUCUAGGAAAGUGACCACAUGAAUAGGAAAUAGUAUUUAUUUUGCUGUUGAAUUUUACUACAGAUCUGACACACAAUUUUAUGAAGAAAUCUCAUUGAAGUUUUAAUGUAGAGAAUUUGUAUAAAUGUGUGUUUUUAUGUAUGGAUGAUGUUCAUCAGAACUCAUUUCUUGCCACAUUGAGUUGUUCAUGUGUAAGUUAAGGCAUUCCUUGGGGGGAUCUUUAUUGUAAAAUAGAAAUAUUGACAAUUUCGUAAAACUUGUGAUUGCAAAAUUAUGAAAUAGCCAAAACAGAAUAAGUUUUAAUUUAUUUUCUUGUCUUUUCAUGUUUUUAUCCACAUGCAUGUAUCUAAAAUCAUAGUAUAUGUAUUUUUAGCUCACCUGAGCAAUGCUCAGGUGAGUUUUUGUGAUCGCUCGAUGUCCGGCGUCUGUCUGUCGUCUGUCCUCUGUCAACAUUUAGCUUGUGUAUGCGAUAGAGGCUGUAUUUUUUAACUGAUCUUCAUGAAAUUUGGUCAGAAUGAUUACCUUGAAAUCUAGGCCGAGUUCGAAAAUGGGUCAUCUGGGGUCAAAAACUAGGUCAUUAGGUCAAAUCAAAGAAAAACCUUGUGUAUGCGAUAGAGGCUGUAGUUUUCAAUUAAGCUUCAUGAAUUUUGGUCAGAAUGAUAGCCUUGAUGAAAUCUAGGCCAAGUUCGAAAAUGGGUCAUCUGGGUUCAAAAACUAGGUUAAAUCAAAGAAAAACCUUGUGUAUGCGAUAGAGGCUGUAUUUUUCAAUUAAGCUUCAUGAAUUGUGGUCAGAAUGAUUAUCUUGAUGAAAUCUAGGCCAAGUUUAAAUAUGGGUCAUCUGUGGUCAAAAACUAGGUCAUUAGGUCAAAUAAAAGAAAAACCUUGUGUAUGCGAUAGAGGCUGUAUUUUUCAAUUAAUCUUCAUGAAUUUUGGUCAGAAUGAUAACCUUGAUGAAUUCUAGGCCGAAUUUGAAAAUGGGUCAUCUGGGGUCAAAAACUAUGUCACUAGGUCAAAUCAAAGAAAAACCUUGUGUAUGCGAUAGAGGCUGUAUUUUUCAAUUAAUCUUCAUGAAUUUUGGUCAGAAUGAUUGCCUUGAUGAAAUCUAGAUAAAGGUUGAAUAUGGGUCAUCUGGGAUCAAAAACUAGGUCACUAGGUCAAAUCAAAGGAAAAGCUUGUAUAUGCGAUAGAGGCUGUAUUUUUCAAUUGAUCUUCCUGAAAUUAAGUCAAAAUGAUAACCUUAAUGAAAUCUAGGCCGAAUUUGAAAAGGGUCAUCUUGGGUCAAAAAGUAGGUCACUAGGUUAAAUCAAAGAAAAACCUUGUGUAUGCGAUAGAGGCUGUAUUUAUCAAUUGAUCUUCAUGAAAUUUGGUCAGAAUGAUAGCCUUGAUGAAAUCUAGGUCAAGUUCGAAUAUGGGUCAUCUGGGGUCAAAAACUAGGUCACUAGGUCAAAUCAAAGAAAAUACUUACUUAUACUCAAGAUUUUUGCUCCAAUUUUAAUGAUAAUUGGUCAGAAUAUUUUUUUCCAUGAAAUCACUAGGUCAAACAUGUUUACUCUGUUUAAUAUGUUGUGUUAUGGUGUGUUUCUCAGGUGAGCGACUUAGGGCCAUCUUGGCCCUCUUGUUUCAAGUCCCUCUUACUUUUCAUAUAUGAUGAUUAAAACAGAAAAUUUAUUUCAUGGUUCUACUGUUUUGUAUUUAAAUUACAGGUAUUUAUGACAGUUUUAGGAAACAAACAUUCCCCUACAUUAUUUUUAAGGGUCAUUAUACUUGGCUGUGUGAAUUUUUUUGUGUAAAAUUAAUUAGUUUUAGAAGAAAUGAUAGUGAUGUAUGGUAAUAACUAUGCAAAAAUGAAGCGGCGAAGUGGGAAAAUUUGUAGGUAGAAAUUUUGUAUGUUCACAGUUGACACGAUGAUCCAUAGCACAAUGUUUUAUGGAAUAGUAUAUUUUUUAUUUUAUUGUGUCCUAUAUUUGAGAGUUAUUAGCUUUGUAUUUGGAAAUAUGCAUGAGUUCUGCAGCUCCUAAUGUUGCGCAAUAUUCUUCUGCUAAAGAACGAGUGCAUAUUUCCCGAUGCAAAGAAAUAACGUUUUUAUUACAUAGUAUACGUAUCUACAUAUAUAAAUGUAAUGUAAAUAUUACAAUUUUUUUAAUAGCCUGAAUUAAAUUGUCCAUACUGGACUUAAUUAAAAAAUCAAUGUAAAGAUACACAUUAAAUGACGUCACACACACAAUAUGAAAUUCAGGCGUUAGUGUAUGGAAAAAUAUUGACGUUUCCGGUACCAUUGUAACUUAAUGGGGAACAGAAAAGAGUAUGUAAUAAAGGGCAUUAUGGUGUGUCAUUUGCAGGACAUUAAUGUUUACCAUUCUCCAUACAUCUCUUCAUCUAUCCGUUUGCCUGAAAUUGUGUUGUGCAUAUCUCAAAAAAUAUUUGACCUAGAAUCAUCAAACAGAGGAAUGUUAUUCAACAUGUGAGGUUUUCCACACAGGAUUUUGUUUGUAAGAACAGUUAUAUCUUGAUUUUUUCAAAAGUAUUUAAAGACCUAAAAGUUUUGUGUUGCCUGUAUCAAAAAAUAUUUGACAUGGAGUUCUGAAACGUUAUAGGAUUGUUACUUGUUAUACAUGUAUGAAGUGGUGCACCUCUGUUUUUGUUUGGAAUUUCACUCAGCCAGACCAGAAUAAUGACCCUUGACUCGGUCUGAUAUAUGCAUAAAGGGCCAUGCUAUUUUCAUAGAGCUUUUAACAUGGAGUCAUUAAAUUUUAUGAUAAUGUUAUUCAGCACAUGAAGUUGUGUUCCUGAGAGGGUAGGGGCGUUAUUUGGGAUUUACCCCAUCCCCUCCUCAUCUUGUCAAAAAAAAAAAUCAGUUUCUGUUAUCUUGUGUUUCCUUACAUCUCCACCCCAAGGUAAUGUGAAAGUUUCUUAUGGAUGUACAUCUUAUUUUGUUCCAAAUUUAUUUCCAAAUAUUUGAAUUAUAGACGUUGUUAUUGAUAAUGAAACUAGAGUGUGUAAUUAACUAUGUACAAUUAUAAGUUGUUGAGGCAAAUAUUAUCUGAAAGAUAUACGAAGAGGACUUUUACCUAUUAUACAGUCCAAAAUUAUACUUUUAUUUUGACUUAUUGUUAAGCAGGAGAUAGACUUGAAUUUGCUUUUUUUCAGGGUUCAUCGUAUAUCGUUUUCAUAUUAUGCAUGUGAAAGAUAUAAUAAGUGUGUACACAUUGAUUUUAACAUUUUCAUAAGCUAAGAACACAAUCAUGUUAUGUUGUAAUAUGUAUUCUUUAUGUGCAAUAUCAUGUUAUGUACUACACAAUAAUUUUGUAUAUAUUUUGGAUAUUCAUAACAAAACAUUCCUUUAUUAUAAUAGAUUUUGUAUUUUUGUGAUAUAAAGUCUUCAUAAGAGUACCUACAAUUUUAUAAUUUCGGUUGAUUUUUUCAGUUGUGUCAAAUAUCCUUCAGAAAAAUAUUUAAGGGAUACAUAAAAGAUAUGCCAUAAAUAAUAGUAUAAUUUGUGUUGAUCGUCGUUUCAAUGGUACAUCAGACUUUUGGUAUCUUAAUUUGGACAAAGUCGCAAAGCCUUGUGUAUAUCUUCAUGUAUAUUUCUGGGAAAAUAAGAUGAAAAUUUAAACAAAGUAAACCAUUACUACUUUAACUUUUCUCAUUUCUUAAUUGCAAGACCAUCCUCUCAAAUGUAAUGCCACACAUAUACUUGAGAAAACAGAUGGGCCAAAAACAAUCGGAGGAAAUAUAUGGGUUUGGUUAUGUAUUCUCGGUGUGCGAUUUUGCAAUUGUUUGGUAUAAUCAUAGCUUCAGACUCCUAUUAGCCAUAUCAAAAUGCAAAAUAAGAAUUCGUAAAUUACCGAUUGCCAUUUCCGAUCCAGUUCCUUAAUACUACUAGAACUAAGGCAUAUCAUUUGAUUAAUAUUUGGUUCAUUUAUUAAUAAAGCCUUCUUCAAUUUUUAUUAGGCUAUAUUUUGGUUAUUGGAAGAGAAGUCAUGAUUUACAUAAAGUCUUUCUUGAGAAAUGAUACUGUGCUUUGACACCAAGGUAUUAUAUUAGUAAAUGCACUUUAAAGGAUAAAUGCUGUAAUUGUAUGAUUGUACUUCUCUUAAAAAUGAUCACCUGUUUAAACCAGAUUACUUGUGAGUACUUACAGAAAUAACCAAAUUUAUCUCAGAUUUGAAUAUGUACAUAUUCAGGUAAUUAUUAAUCCUUACCCUGCUGAUAUACUAUAAUGAACUUGUCCAUUUGUCAAUUUUGGACAGUACCAUUAACUGUUAAAUGGGUGCUUACCAAAAAGAUACUGACAAAUGGCGGACAGUGCAGAUCAUGAUCAGACUGCAUGGAUGUGCAGGCUGAACUUGAUCUGCACUGGUCGCAAUGGCAGAAUCAGUUGUGUUAAGCAUGAUAAGAGUUAAGUAAAUGUUUAUGUUCAAAAUUUUUGAAGCAUUUUGUUGAAAAUUCUUUUUCAUAAGUCUUUUUUUUUUCAACAUGAGAUAUUGAAGUUUACCUUUUUGUGCCAACUGUUUUGGGGAAAUACACUGUGGAAUUUUGUUGUAAAUUUGUAUUCUUUUUUUAAAGAAGAAAAUGUUGUUUUUUUUUCUCAUUUCUUUAAAUUUUAUCAUUGAUGUUUUUGUUGUUAGUGAAAUUUUAAGAUUUGUGUUGUGUUGAAAUUGUGAUAGAAGUGUAUAAAUAUUUUAUGUAAAUGUUGUAUGUUUAUCUUGCGGGAAUAUUUUAUGAAAAAUGGAGGCAAUAAAACUAUUGUAAUCUUA